AUGCACUUUAGUCCACAUGAAUAACGGGAAGGAUUCCUCGCUCUGAGGGACAGUUCUGACCUUCUGUGCCGUCUGGACUGAAUCCAUCCUCUGGAUGUUCUCUUUGUAGUUUUUGGUGGAUGCUGACUGAGAGGCAAACAUGAUCGACUACGAGCGUCCCUCUCCAUUAGGCUUCGGGCCGGCUGGGAGGAGGAGUGUGUUGGUUCCUGACAUCCCGACACACACAUACACACACACUCUGACGGCCAUGCCUCUAAGAUACUCCCACCAGAGGAGGAAAGCCAGCACAGCGGCUGCUCGGAGGAUGGAGAGGAGACGCAGGGACCAGGGCAGGAGCAGCGGCAACAACAGCAGCAGCUACAACAACAACAACAACGACGACGACCCGAGCAGCAGCCACAACCACCGCUCCAAGAAGCUGGCCAUGCUCUCCAGGUCUCUGAUACUGUGUCACUCCAAGACCAACGACGACUGUGGGGAGGAGAGGAAUUCUGGGGCAGUGGCGGACGGGUGGUGCAGGACACAGGGUUCAAGCUGGAGGACGGAGGCGACCACGGCUGCUGUUCACGCGGGACACAGAGGCGCGGAGAACGGACACUGCAGGAGGACGGCCAAUCAGCAGCCGGCGCUGGAGAGGAGAGGAGGGAGUAAGACGGACGAUCGCCUUCAUCACAGCAACACAGGAAGAGAGAAUAAACGGAGCUUAAGGAGAACGUUCAGCAUCAAGGAGAGCAGUAUCUGGAGGAUGUGUGUAGCCACAGGUCCUGCUGAGGAGGUGUGUUCGCCACAAAUGGCUGACAACAGCAUCCAGACGGGGGAUAAGGACAGUCGUGUGGAACCAGGGAGGAACGGAGUGAACCUUCACAGAGGCUGCAGCUUCCUGAGCUCAGACAAGCUGGCACCUUUUAACGGACACGUUCUAAAUGGCAGCACUUGGUCGGAGGCGGAGCCGGCGAGGAGCGUCCACAUUAAAGGCUGCAGCGAGGACAAUUCCACGCACGACGAAGACGACACUCUCCGUUCACGCAGUCUGAACACAAGUCCACAGCAUCCGUCUCUCGUGUCCCCAUGUGAGUCUCCGUCCCUGCCCGGAUUCACGGAGGAAGAGCUCUUAGCCAACAACAACCACCUCAAGUUACCCAUCCCAGAGGUGAACGAGGACAAGUGCUGGGAGACAGAGAAGACAGAGCAGAGUCCACCAGAGCAGACGGACAACAACAGGACACGCUCCAACUCAACCAGCGUUCAGCCGUACUGGAUCGGGGACUUGGACGCCAUCAUCAUGAAAUCCCCCGAGCUCUGCAGCAGUCACACGCACGGGAAUGCUGGUUUCUAUGGAAACAGGAAGUCACUGUCGCAGCAGCUGGAGUUCCCUCACACCAACACACAGCCCGUGCAGCGACCCUCGCGCUCUCUCAGCUCCGCCCAGCUCGUUCACUCGUGCAGCAACGUGCAACAAGCGUUCAUCAUCUGUAACAUCGUCCUGAUGAAGGGACACGGCAAAAGUCUGGGCUUCAGUAUCGUUGGAGGGAAGGACAGCAUGUACGGACCAAUGGGAAUCUACGUGAAGACCAUCUUCCCUGGAGGAGCAGCUGCUGCUGAUGGACGACUGCAGGAGGGUGAUGAGAUCCUGGAGUUGAAUGGAGAGUCUCUGCAUGGUCUGACUCACGACGAAGCUCUGCACAAGUUCAAACAAAUCAGGAAGGGACUGCUGACUCUGGUGGUGAGGACCAGCCUGCGCGUUGGCGCCCUCUGUGGUCAGGUGCAGGUGACGCAGCUGUGCAGGUCGCGCUCCCUCAGCUCCAGCGCGGGAAUCUCGCGGGUCAGCGCCAACAUGGGCGACUACAACUACCUGAACAACAGCUGCAGUAACUCACUGAGCGUCCCGGGUCAACCUGUCAAACCCAGAGACCGAGUCAUGAUGGACAUCAUCCUGCACAAAGAGGCUGGUGUUGGUCUGGGUAUUGGACUGUGUUGUGUUCCAUCUGCUGACGGAUGCCCCGGAAUCUACAUCCACACUCUCUCUCCUGGAUCUGUCGCUCACAUGGACGGCCGACUAUGGUGUGGAGACGAGAUCAUGGAGAUCAACGACACUGUGGUUUACAGCAUGGCACUGAACGACGUCUACACAGUCCUGAGCCAGUGUUCACCAGGUCCGGUCCACAUCAUCAUCAGUCGCCACCCGGACCACAAAGUAUCAGAGCAGCAGCUGAAUGACGCCAUCGCUCUCGCAGUGCAGAACAGCAAACUGAGGAAGGACAAGAGUCAGUGGAGCAUUGACGGUCUGCGCAGACUGGACUCGUGCUCUCACAGUCGUCAGAGGUGCGAGCACUGUCUGGAGAGGAGCGUCAGUCAGCAGACGGUGCGACGAGCGCAGAAGACCAUGACUCGCUCCUGUAGCGACAACGCCAACAGCCAGAACUACAGCCGCUGCCUCGCCAUCCACAACCUGCACAACACACACCACAACCUGCACAACACACACCACCACCACCACCUCCCGUCAGGACGCGUCCACAGCCUCGACACACACAAGUCUGUGACAGAGACUUGGUCAGAAAACAGACUGUCUGUGCCCAUGUAUCUUGAUGAAGACUAUAACAUUCCAUACAACUCUCCCGGUGCCAGCAACCGCUCCAGUCAGCUAACCCUGGACUUGGGCCUCAAGAGCAACAAGCCCCUCUGCAGGGCUCGUGCUGCUCCUCAGAGAUACUGCUGGCCAGACGUGACCAGUGAAGAAGGGUAUAACGGAGACUCCAGUGGUUCCAGUCGAGGAUCCCCAGUCAGAGACGAGGGAGUGGACCUGACGUCACACAGCAGCUGCCUGGAAGGAGAACGAAUAAGAGAACAGUCGGAGGGGAGCAAAGACGAUCGCACUCAUCGAGACGCUGCAGCCUCCGUCGACGACAGGCGACACUUCGGAGAUUCCUCAGUGUUGUUCUGCUCACUGCCAAAGAGAGGAGCUUUGAGGAGGCAGGCACGUAUUGAGCAACGUUCCCAAGAUCAUCUUCAGGAUCCCUGGGUUCGCCUCUCAGACAGCUCCCCGGAAAAAACACCCGAGAUCCACCUCCAGCACGCCACAGACGGUACCCGACCGGUCAACAUCCACAGCAAGCCCGCGACCAUGAGUGAUGAGGAGAAAGCUGUCGAGCUUAACGGCACGGCCACAGAUGAUACUUCAGAUCCUCCAUCCAACGACAUUCCAGAGAACCCAUGCGAAACUCCAGAAUUAAAGAAGGGGCCCCCGGUGGCACCAAAGCCCACCUGGUUCCGCCAGAGUCUGAGGAAAAUUCGAGACGAGCAGGACGUGAAGAAGCGCGUAAACUCUGCAGAGCAGAGAUCUGCUGCAGGAUUCAGCAGAAACUUCGGAAUCAGAUCUGCUUCAUCUGCCGCAAACCUGUCCAUCAAACAAAAGAUCCACUCAUUUGAGACUUUUUCCAGUCCAGAGAGUCCAGAGAAGAGGAGCCAGAGGAGGCUGGUGGCCCCCUCCGCAUCCCUUCCUCUGGUGGAGAAGGAGACCAGGAGUUACCAUGACUCAUGUGAAGAGCGUGGGAACAGCAAGCAUGGGAUCACCAAAGAGAUCCAGUCAGACCAAUCUGAAUGUGUUCGAGAGACAGACCUCAAUGUCGCUACUUCCCCCUAUAUCACUUCCUGUGAAGAUGGACCCCCCUCCAUUCAAAACCUGACAGUUCUUCAACCGUCUGACACCAUCAGCACUGACCUGGACUCUGGAAUUAAUGACUCAGCUUCAGCCGACAACGACAGGAAUAUCUUACCUUCCUCGCCGGCAUCAGAGCCAGAGAAGGUGGAUCUCAGCGAGGAACUACCUCCUCCAACGUCUCUUAAAUCCGAUCUUGGUGGAGGGGAAAGUCCUCCAGAGGCAGCAGAGGAUGGUGAAGUGCAAAUCCAAGAAAAGCCGCCGAGUAUGACAGCGAGUGUUGACCUCCCAACAGACAGUAACUCCACGAGAGGCCUAGAGGAAGAAAAUCUAGGGAAAAUCCUCGCCUUCAGCAACCAGGUUUCACAGGCACUGAUGCGUUCUCUACCCAUGUGCUCAAGCCACGGGAACCAGCGCUCUCCAAACCUGCAGGACGCCACGUCAGAGGACGCUAACAAUGUUGGCGAGUCUGAGUCAGCUGUGGACACAAGCGACAGAGGAUUCUCCGUCAGCUUGGCAACACUGAGAGAGUGCACCAUUGAGCGAGAGGAGGGGACGUCACAUGACGAGGCGGCGGUCACUUCCGCGUCUGCUCAGUCCGUGAUGUCAGCGAUCCCUUCACAGGAAAUACAGAUGAUGAUCCAGGAAGUCUCAACUCUAGAUGAAGAGACUCUGAAGCAACUGGUGGACAUCCACGUUGUGAUUCUGCACAAAGAGGAAGGAGCAGGACUGGGAUUCAGCAUCGCUGGAGGUUCUGACCUGGAGAGUAAAGCUCUGAUAGUGCAUAAGGUGUUUCCGAGCGGCCUGGCAGCUCAGGAGGGAACCAUCCUCAAAGGGGACGAGGUUCUGUCCAUCAACGGUCAAACGCUGCGCGGCGUCACACACGCCGCCGCCACCGCGGCUCUGCGUCAGGCCCGAGGCCUCGAACUCGCCGUGGUCGUCAUCGCCAAGAGAGCGGAGGACGAAGGAAGAGAGGCGGGAAUCUGCAGGAGCGAAGAGCCGACUCCUUCGCUGGAGGAGCAGGGAGCUCCGGAGUGUGUGCAGCUGGAAAAAGGAGCUGGAGGAGUGGGUUUUACUCUGGAGGGAGGAAAAGGCUCCAUUCACGGAGACAAACCUUUAACCAUCAACAGGAUCUUUACUGGUGGCGCUGCGGAGCAGAGAGGUCUGCGGUGUGGAGAUGAGCUGCUGCAGGUGCAGGGAGUCAGUCUGCAGGACAUGACGCGGUUUGAAGCGUGGAACCUGAUCAAGGCUUUACCUGAGGGAGUGGUCACAGCGGUGAUCAGGAGGAGGCCGACGGCGACGGACUGAGAGACACUGUCGCUGCUCACCAAACAGAAAAACUUUAUAAAAAAACACAAAAGAACACAGCACUUAAGAUAAACCAUCCAUGGCCUUUUCAUUAUCUACUGAUGCACAGCCUGUUCUCACUGGACGCUCCAUUUUGUCAUCUGUACCAAAUCCCAUUGAGAAAAUCAAUGUUUUUAGCGCACAGAGAUACAGGAGGCGCUGCUCUACUGCUGCCUUGUUGGCAAGUCUGGGUCACCGAGGCUGAUCAGCAUCGAGGACUUCAGAUACUGAAGUCGUAAAAUAACACAAUUUAACUCACUGACGGAGGCAGCAGUGCAUUGACAACUCGCGUGCGUGCUGUGAUGUAAAAUCACUGAUUUUCUCUAUGGAGUUUGGUCCUGGCGAGGAAAGUGGUGUACGAAGAUUUCUGAGUGUCACUUUCAGCCAUUCAGUCUCAGUCUCAUCUCAUCACCAGUAUUUCAUUCACCUUCAGUGGAACAUUUCUCAGCUCUCAGCCCGGACAGUGUCAAACGCUCACGUGAAUUAACUGUGUGGAAAUUUGCAAACUGUUGUUUUCCUUGUGUGCUCUUAAAUAAAGAUUCUAAUAAAGCAGCAA